AUGGAUUGGCCGUCAUUAAUUUCGCCAACUAGUGCUUUUAGUGAACCAAUAAUCACUAAUAAUCAACAACAACAACAACAAUUACCACCACCAAUUCAAUCAACAAAUGGAAUUGUUGAAAAAAGUGAGGAAGGAGGAGAAAAAGAUCAGCAACAAUUAAAUAAUUUAAAUAUUUUAGAACAACAUCAACAUCAACAACGUUCACAAAUUCCUUCACUUUUUUCAAUACAGCCAUUAAUGUCUCCACCUAUAAUGCCACAAAAUACAGCUACAAAUAUAUUGCCUACUCAACAACAAUAUAUUAAUCCGUAUAUUGCUUUGCAAUACCAAUAUCAGCCGAUGAUGGUCAAUAAUGCUGCAAAUCUAGCCCAAUACCAAUAUUUUACUGAUAAUGCUAAUAUAUUGCACUACUACCCAACUUAUUAUCCAAUUUAUCAACCUCAUCAACAACAAACUUUCAUUGAUCCGUAUCAUCCUUUGACUGAGGAAAAUGUAAGGGGGGAGAGAGUAUUUUUUUUUAAUUUUUUGGAAUUGAAUUCAGAUUAG